AUGGCUACCAGCAAAAACCAAUCGACUAAAAUAUCAAGUUCAACGAAAUCUGUUGAUCAAUCAAUGAAUUCUAAUUUUGAGUCUUUCGCAUGUUUAUGGCUAGAUCACAAUAUUAAUUCAACAAAAGAUACUCUUGAAACUCAGAAGGAACUUCGUCAAGUGAUCAAUCAUCUUCGAAUAUUUAAUAAUAGUGAUGAAUGUGAACAAUAUAUUCGACAAAUUACAAAAGAAAAAGUUGUUCUCAUUAUAUCAGGUUCAUUAGGUCGAGAAUUUAUACCUCGACUUCAUGAUCUUCCACAAUUUUCUGCAUGUUAUAUCUUUUGUCAAGAUCAAAAAGCAAACGAGCAAUGGGCUAAUAAAUAUCAUAAGGUGAAUGGCGUUUUUGUUGAACGUGCUAAGCUUGUUGCUAAAAUAUCCAAAGAUCAAAUUAGUAGAAGUAAAGUAGAAGAUGGUGCUUCCAUAUCAGUAAUUACAUCUGGUUCGCAAUCUCUUCAAGCUCGAAAUGCUAUCUUUAUGUGGUUUCAAUUGUUUAUUGAAGUUCUUCUUCGUAUGCAUCAUAAAUUCAAUGAUCGUAAGGAACUUUUGGAUAUUUGCAAAAAUAGUUAUAAGGGUAAUCAGCAAGAAAUGAAAAUUAUUGAUGAAUUUGAAAAGAAUUAUAAAGCAGAAAAUGCCAUACGGUGGUAUACACGCGAAUCAUGUUUUUAUCGAAUGAUGAAUAAAGCAUUACGUGUACAAGACUUUGAUAUGUUAUUUGCUCUUCGAUUUUUUAUUACUGAUAUUGCUAAACAGAUCAAAAGUGAACAUGAAAAAUUUAUUCGUACUAGUGACAAUCGAAAUAUGAUUUGUGUUUACCGUGGUCAAAUAACUGGAAAUGAUGAACUUGAAUUGAUGAAGAAAAGCAUUGGCAAAUUUCUUUCAAUGAAUUCUUUUUUGUCGUCAAGUCGUGAUCGAUCUACUGCUCUUCAUUUUGCUCGAUCUACUCCUAAAACCGAUGGUUUUCAACAAAUUAUUUUCGAAAUUGAAAUUAACCCACGUUUACAAACGAAAGCUUUUGCUGACGUUACUCAAGUCAGUUAUUAUCAAAAUGAAGAUGAAGUACUGAUUAUGCUUGGUGCAUUGUUUCGAAUUGAAAAAGUAAAUGAAGAUAAAAAGGAAGGAAUAUGGAUGGUUCAUGUAUCAUUAGCAAAUGAAGAUGAUUAUCAUUUGAAAGAAACAUUUUCUUACAUGAAAAACACAAUUGGUGACGAUACUGAUCUGGAUUCUCUUGGAAAAAUUUUAUACAAGAUGGGUGAAUACGAACAAGCAGAAAAAUGCUAUAGAAGAAUGCUGGAUGAGACUCAACUUGCUAGUGGAAACGCAGAAUUAGGUUUAGAUCAACAACAAGUUCUAUUAGAAUAA